CUAAUGAAUGUACUCUUCAUUAAUAAUGUGUUGGAAGCUGAUAUUUGGGUAUUUACAGUACUGGUAAAAAGUUGAAGAAUGAGAUAAUUAUGCAACAUUUGGGAAUCUGUAUUGAGAGUAGCAGUAGAAUAUGAGGAGCAGUUCGAGGUAAUCAAUCUUGAGAUUGAUGGACUGAACACAUCAACUCUAGGCUGAGGGACUGAUUUCCUCAUACCCCUCCUCAUUUUCCACUGUUAUCUCAGUAUUGGACUGAAGAAGCCACCACUUGCUGGCAAAAUGUUUCCUCAGUAGAGAUUCCCAGAUGUUGCACAAGUAUCUCAUUCCUCAACUUGUCAGUUUUCAAAACCAUUUUCAUCACACUGGUACAAAGUUUUCAAAAGUUGACUGCAAUGUAACUGUUAUUUAAUUUUCAGAUAGCAACCAUGCCAGCGCCUCAAUAACAAGGUGGUUAAAGCAGCCUCAAGAACCAGGCACAGUGCCUGAAGACCUGGCAGUGGAUGACCCUGACAGUCUGACAACACUCUGGCCAGAUGACCCUGACUCUGGCCACCCUUUACCAGAGCAGCUCUCCAGGGUGAUGUAAAUACCGUCAAAGAAUAUGUAGCACGGCAUACGUUUGACCCAAAUUCCAAGAAAGCCCAGCAUGCUUUGUUGGUUGCCUGUCGCACUGGAAAUGUGGAGCUGACACAAGUGCUGCUUCAAGCUGGUGUUGAUGUUCACUGCAAGGAUGCUAAGUCUGGCUGGCAGCCAAUACACAUUGCAACAUACCGUGAUCAUGUUGCUGUGGUGGAAGCUCUGGCUAUGCAUGGAGAGUGGCGGAGAGGUGUUGCUCUGGUCAGAUUCCGAGGCAUUACCUGUAAUCUCCUACAUCUGGCAGCAAAUUUGGUUGUCUGGCAGUUCUGCGCUACCUCCUCUCCAUACUGUUCGUCUUGGGCUUCAGAUAGAAGUUCGUGAUGCAGCACACUGGACAGCCCUCCAUCAUGCUUCUUUUGAGGGGCGUCUACAAGCUGUCACACUUCUCCUGCAGGCGGGUGCUGAUGUCAAUACUGCUGAUCCUCACGUAUGAAGUUUUGAAUUUUAUUGCAUGGCAUGCGAUGUAUCCAACCAAAUAGGAAGAUAGUAAUCUCUGUUUUAUUUAUUGUGUAAUAGUAAUUCUAGACCCAGGAAAAGGCUCACUCUUUAUUGCUCUCAUGACAUUACAUUAAUAAAGGAAAUAAUACUCUUCUUGGAGAAUAAUGGAUUAGAAAUUUCUUCACAGGUGUACGUGCAUAUACACAUAUUUUCACAUGUACACACAAAUCAUGAGGUGUAAAUGAUACGUUUCAUGUACAGUAGGGCCCCGCUUAUAUGGCAGGUUAAGUUCCAGGCUACUGCCAUAAAGUGGAACACCC